UGUGAAAGUAUUCUAUUCAGCUGGUUUGCUGUGUGAUGUUUGUGAGGUUUUUGGGGAGCUGACAGAAGAGGUGGCAUCCCAGAGAAAGUAUGCCAAGUGGAAAGCGACAUAUAUCCAUAAUUGCCUAAAGAAUGGCGAAAAGCCUAUCCCUGGGCCCAUGGGUGGAGAUGAUGAAGGCUUGGAGAAGACGUAGGAGGAGAGGAAGCGCAAGGGGCUGUGGUCAUAGUGGAGGAGCUGACUUAGGCUGGUCUCACCCACCUCAGCCAGGAAUGUCGCUACCAUCUGUGCCAAGUAGCGCAUCGGCAGGUGGUCUGCCAGAUGUGUCCUCUUCAACUCCACCUCCUUCAGUGCCAUCAGUUCCACAUUCUUUACCUCAGAUGCCUCGAGUCCAGCCAACACCAGAUGCAGUUAACGUCCCCCACGUGCCAGUGGGACAUACUACAAGCACUGGUGUUAAAUUGAGUCCAUCUGACAUGAAUAAAGCCCAGAAAUAUUGCAAGUGGGCAGUCUCUGCACUAGACUAUGAAGAUUCAAAAACUGCAAUAGAUAAUCUCCAGAAAGCAUUAAGUCUACUUAAAACAGGAAAGGACAGUUGAGACAAGAGACAGAGCUCUCUAUCUCGUAGUAAUGUCAUUUAUUAUUUUUGGUUAUUUCUGCAAUGAAAAUGUUAAGCCUCGUGUGUGAAAGCAAAUUAAAUUAUGUUUUAUAUCUAUAAUCAGAAUUUAUAUAUAUGUGUGAUAUAGAGUGAGUGAGUGAGUGAGUGAGUGAGUGAGUGAGUGAGUGAGUGAGUGAGUGAGUGAGUGAGUACGUAUGUGUGUG